AUGGCUUUCGAUCCGUCUAACCCCGAAUUAGUUGAAGCUAUGAAAUAUUUGGUUUUACCACCUGAUGAAAAAGUUAAACUUCGAUCUCAACCAUUCGAUGCUAAAAAAGCAUGUUGGGUACCUGACCCGAAGGAAUCGUAUAUUGCUGCCGAUAUCCAAAGCACGAAAGAUGAUCAAGUUACAGUUAUGACUAGCAAAGGAGAAACAAAAACAUUCAAAAAAGAUCAAAUUCAAGAAAUGAAUCCACCGAAAUAUUGGUGUAUGGAUGAUAUGGCUGAUUUAACCUAUUUGAAUGAUGCUUCAGUCUUGGCUACACUACGUGAUCGUUAUGGACGAUGGCUUAUCUAUACUUAUUCAGGAUUAUUUUGUGUCGUCAUCAAUCCUUAUAAGCGUUUACCAAUCUAUAAUAUGACCGUAGUUAUGGCAUACCGUGGUAAAAAGAAAACUGAAGUUGCACCACAUUUAUAUGCUAUUUCGGAUAAUGCUUAUGCAAACAUGCUCCGAGAUCGUGAAAAUCAAUCCAUGCUGAUCACCGGUGAAUCAGGUGCUGGUAAAACAGAAAAUACGAAAAAAGUUAUUCAAUAUUUUGCCUUGGUCGCUGCGGUCGGAGUUAAGAAAGAAGAGGAUGGAAAGAAAAGCAUGACACUUGAAGAUCAAAUUGUGUCAGCUAACCCUGUUUUGGAAGCCUAUGGUAACGCAAAAACAACUCGUAAUAAUAACUCGUCUCGAUUCGGCAAAUUCAUUCGUAUUCACUUUGGUCCAACUGGUAAAAUCGCUGGUGCUGAUAUUGAAGUAUAUCUAUUGGAAAAAUCUCGUGUCAUCUUUCAAGUAAGAUAUUUUGCGGUGCACAUACCUGAGCGUAACUACCAUAUUUUCUAUCAAAUUUGCUCAACAGCAUUUCCUAAAUAUCACGAGGUCUGCUUACUUGAAGCUGAUCCAUCAAAAUACUUCUAUGUUGCUCAAGGUAUGCUUACCAUCGAUGGUAUCGACGAUGUCGAAGAGAUGAGACUCACUGAUGAAGCUUUUGAUAUUCUUGGCUUUUCGCAGGAUGAAAAAGUUAAUCUAUUUAAAUGUACUGCUGCUAUUAUGCAUUUUGGUAAUUCUCAAUGGAAACAGCGUCCUCGAGAGGAACAAGCUGAAACUGAUGGCACAGAAGAAUGUGAAAAAGUCGCUCAUUUACUUGGUGUUGAAGCAGCUGAUCUUAUCAAAGGUUUACUUAAACCUCGUAUUAAGGUCGGUAAUGAAUAUGUUAACAAAGGUCAAAAUAAAGAUCAAGUCGUUAACUCAAUUGGUGCUCUUUCUAAAUCGAUCUAUUUCCGCAUCUUUUCUUGGUUAGUCGAGCGUGUUAACACAACGCUUGAUGUCAAAGCUAAACGACAAUAUUUUAUUGGUGUACUCGAUAUUGCUGGUUUCGAAAUUUUCGAGUUCAAUGGCUUUGAACAAUUAUGUAUUAACUAUACCAAUGAACGUCUUCAACAAUUCUUCAAUCAUCAUAUGUUCGUAUUAGAACAAGAAGAAUAUAAAAAAGAAGGCAUCAACUGGGUAUUCAUUGAUUUCGGUAUGGAUUUAGAAGCUUGUAUUCAACUUAUCGAAAAGCCCAUGGGUAUUUUAUCCAUUCUUGAAGAAGAAUGUAUCGUACCAAAAGCUACUGAUAAGACAUUUGUUGAAAAACUUUACAGUAACCAUUUGGGUAAACAUGCUCAAUUCGGUAAACCUAAGCCUGCCAAAGGCAAAGCCGAAGCUCACUUUGAUAUUCAUCAUUAUGCUGGUACUGUAUCAUAUACAGCAACAUCAUGGCUCGAAAAGAAUAAAGAUCCUAUUAACACCACUGUUGCUACACUCUUCGCUAAAUCGAAGAAUUCUCUUCUAACUCAUCUCUUUGCUGAUGUUAUGGAAGAAGAAGGUGGCAAAGGCGGUGGCGGCAAAAAGAAAGGUGGUGGUAGUAUGCAAACUAUUUCAGCGACACAUCGUGAACAACUCAAUAAAUUAAUGACCAACUUGAAACAAACACAUCCUCACUUUGUUCGUUGUAUUAUUCCAAAUGAAAUCAAGACCGGUGGUGUACUCGAUGCACAUUUGGUUAUGCAUCAAUUGACAUGUAACGGUGUACUCGAAGGUAUUCGUAUUUGCCGUAAAGGUUUCCCAAAUCGAAUGAUCUAUUCGGAAUUCAAACAACGUUACUCAAUUUUGGCUCCCAAUGCUAUACCGAAAGGUUUCGUUGAUGCCAAAAAAGCAACUGAAGAUAUUCUGAAAGAUUGCAAAUUAAAUGAAGAUUUAUAUCGUUGCGGUUCAACAAAAGUUUUCUUCAGAGCAGGAACAUUGGGUCAAUUAGAAGAUAUGCGUGAUGCUGCUCUAUCGAAAAUUAUUGCCGCUUUACAAGCACAAGCCCGUGGUUAUAUUAUGAAGAAAGAAUAUAAGAAAAUGUUAGAACGACGUGUAGCUUUAACUGUAUUACAACGCAAUUGUCGUAAAUAUUUAUCAUUGCGCAAUUGGCCAUGGUGGAAAUUAUAUACUAAAGUUAAACCAUUAUUAUCGGUUGCUAGACAAGAAGAAGAAAUGAAGAAAAUCGAAGAAGAUUUUAAAGCAGCCAAGGAAAACUUAGAGAAAGAAGAAAAAUUACGAAAAGAAGUUGAAGAUCAAAAUAUGAAAUUAGCUCGAGAGAAGAAUGAUUUACUUGCACAAUUGGAAUCGGAACGAGCUAGUUCAUCACAAGUAGAAGAACGUUUUACGUCUUUAAUCACACAAAAAGCUGAUCUUGAACAGCAAAUCAAAGAAUUUGAAGAACGUUUCAAUCAAGAAUCAGAAAGUGCACAACAAUUAAGCAGUAAGAAGAAGAAACUUGAACAGGAAGUCGAUGGCAUGAAGAAAGAUGUCGAUGAUAUGCGUGUGGCAAUGCAGAAAACUGAAAAUGAAGUUAAAUCACGUGAUAGUCAAAUUCAUACAUUACAGGAUGAAGUUGCUCAUCAAGAUGAAAACAUCGCCAAAUUAACACGUGAACGUAAGCGUCUCGAAGAACAAAAUGCUAAAACAACUGAACAAUUACAAGCGGAAGAAGAUAAAGUUAAUCAUUUGAAUAAAUUAAAAGCUAAAUUUGAACAAACUGUUGAUGAAUUAGAAAGUAAUUUGGAACGUGAGAAGAAAUCUCGUGCUGAUUUAGAUAAAUCGAAACGAAAAGUUGAAGCCGAUUUGAAACUCUUACAAAGCAAUCUAGAAGAAUUAGAUAAAUCGAAACGUGAGCUACAAGAAACUCUUAAACGUAAAGAUCAAGACAUUCAACAGAUGGGCGGACGUCUCGAAGAUGAACAAGGACAAGCAACAGGUCUUGGAAAGAAAGUCAAAGAAUUACAAGCACGUAUUGAAGGAUUGGAAGAAGAACUUGAAGGCGAACGACAAGCUAAGAAUAAAGUAGAAAAAUUACGAGCUGACUUAGCCCGAGAAAUCGAUGAAAUGGGUAAUCGACUGGAAGAAGCUGGCGGUGCAACAGCAUCACAAGUCGAAAUGAAUAAGAAACGUGAAGCUGAAUUACAAAAACUUCGUCGAGAUUUAGAAGAAGCUAAUCUUCAGCAUGAAGCUACAGCUACACAAAUCAAAAAGAAACAUCAAGAUGCUGUUACUGAAAUGGGUGAGCAAAUUGAUCAAUUACAAAAAUUGAAGAACAAAUUAGAAAAAGAAAAACAAACAGCUAAAUCUGGUGCAGAUGAUUUACGUUCACAACUUGAACAUUCACAAAAAGGCAAAGCAGCUGCUGAGAAACUUUCAAAACAACUUGAACAACAAUUAAGUGAAAUUCAAGUUAAACUUGAUGAUAAUGCUAGACAAGUAGUUGACUUAGGCAGUAGUAAAACAAAAUUAACUGCUGAAAAUUCAACCUUGACUAGACAAGUUGAAGAUCUUGAAACUCAAGUUGCAGCUAUCACUAAAUCGAAAACAACAUUACAACAACAACUUGAUGAAGCUAAACGAGCACUUGAAGAUGAAUCACGUAGCAAAGGAACAAUCAAUUCACAGAUUCGUAAUUUGACUGCUGAUCUUGAGCAAGCCCGAGAACAACUCGAAGAAGAACAACAAGCUAAGAGUGAACUUCAAAAGACUGUUAGUAAACUUACUGCUGAAGUCCAACAAUGGCGAUCGCGUUUUGAUUCUGAUGGUGUCGGUCGUAGUGCUGAACUUGAAGAAGCUAAACGAAAAUUAGCUGCUAAAUUAACCGAAGCAGAAGAACAAGUUGAAGCUGCUUUGAAUAAAUGCAAUGCUUUGGAAAAAGCUAAAGCUCGUCUUCAAAGUGAAGUUGAAGAACUUAUGGUUGAUGUUGAACGUGCCAAUUCAAAUGCAUCGGCUAUGGACAAGAAACAGAAACAAUUCGACAAAUUAAUUAAUGAAUGGAAACAGAAAUGUGAAGAUAUCACUGGUGAACUUGAAACAUCACAAAAAGAAGCACGAAACUUUUCAACAGAAUUAUUCAAAAUUAAAUCUCAAUAUGAAGAAUCGCAAGACCAAAUCGAUGGACUUCGUAAAGAAAACAGAAAUUUGGCUGAUGAAAUUAAAGAUCUCGCUGCUCAAUUAAGCGACGGCGGUAAAUCAGCCAAUGAAGCUGACAAAGCCCGCAAACGUGCCGAACAAGAGAAAGAAGAAUUACAAAAUGAAUUAGAAAAGGCUGAAUUAGCAUUUCAACAAGAAGAAGCUAAAGUACUUCGUGUUCAAUUAGAAUUAAGCACUGUACGACAAGAAAUCGAGAAACGUCUUCAUGAUAAAAACGAAGAAAUCGAAAGUACAAAACGUAAUCAUCAACGUGCACUUGAAUCAAUGCAAGCCAGUGUUGAAGCUGAGGCACGAUCAAAAAUUGAUUUACUUAAACAGAAAAAGAAACUUGAGUCGGAUAUGGGUCAAAUUGAACUUGCACUUGAUAAUGCUAACCGUUCAAAUGCUGAUUUACAAAAAACAUUGAAACGAGUUCAACAAAAUGUUGCUGAAUUACAAACACAAGUCGAUUCCGAACAACGACAACGCGAUGAAGCUCGUGAAGCAGCUCUUGCAAUUGAACGUCGUGCUGCUACUAUAACUAGUGAAAUUGAAGAAUUACGUGCAGCUUUAGAACAAGCUGAACGUGCCCGUGGAGCCGCUGAAACUGAAUUACACGAUGCAGCCGAUCGUAUCAGUGAAGUAAGCUCACAAAAUGCUAAUUUAGCUUCACAACGACGACAACUUGAAUCAACCGUUACUGCUAUGCAAGCUGACUUAGAUGAAGCUGUCAGUGAACUUAAAAAUAGUGAAGAACGUUCGAAGAAAGCCACUGCUGAUGCCUCACGCGCUGUCGAACAAUUACGCGAAGAACAAGAGCGCAGUGCACAAAUUGAACGAGCACGUAAAGCCCUUGAACAACAAGUUAAAGAAGUUCAAUCACGUUUUGAUGAUGCUGGAAAUAGUUCAGUGAAAGACGGAAAACGUCUUAUUUCUAAACUUGAACAACACAUUCGUGAAUUGGAAGGUGAAAAUGAAUUAGAACAAAGUCGUCACCAAGAAACACUUAAAGAAUUACGUAAAAAUGAUAGACGUUUGAAAGAACUUUCACAACAAGUUGAAGACGGUCAUAAGAAUCAAAUACGUUUACAAGAAUUAAAUGAAACAUUGCAAUCGAAAGUUACAAUAUACAAACGUCAAGUUGAGGAAGCUGAGGAAAUCGCUGCAGUGAAUUUGGCUAAGUUCCGUAAAAUUCAAUCAGAAGUUGAAGACACAGCUGCACGUGCUGAAUUAGCUGAAAAUCAACUUGGAAAAUUACGUAGCCAAAGUCGAUCAUCUGUUAGUGUUGCUCGCAACUCAGAAGUUCGUGAAGUUCGUGGGUCAACAAUAACAUCUCGACAAAGUUCAGUUGUCCGCGGUGGUUCCGUUCUUCCACGUUAA